UCUAUGUUCUCUUGUUCGUUGAAGAUCCUCGCGGGGUAUCAUUAGAUCGACUUUCAAUUCAGUUGUCCCUCUAAAUCCUUUCUGCGAUCACCUCUACGCAUACCUGUCCGGUGCUGUGAAAGUAACGCCCCUCAUAUCCAGCUCCGACUACCCCGCCAACGCUUCUUAAUUUCAAUAAGAACAACCAAUUGAUCGAUUGUUCAUCAUGUCGACUUGGGGAGAAUACUUCAAGGUCACCACUUACGGUGAAUCCCACUGCCGCUCCGUCGGCUGCAUCGUCGAUGGCUGCCCUCCAGGAAUGGAGCUUACUGAGGCUGAUGUGCAGCCUCAGAUGACUCGGAGACGUCCCGGACAGAGCGCUUUGACGACCCCUAGAAAUGAGAAGGACCGCGUGGAAAUCCAGUCGGGAACGGAAUUCGGUGUCACCCUCGGUACCCCGAUUGGCAUGAUGGUCCGCAACGAGGACCAGAGACCCAAGGACUACGGUGGCAGCACAAUGGACUUGUACCCUCGCCCCAGCCAUGCCGAUUUCACCUACCUCGAGAAAUAUGGCGUCAAGGCCAGCAGUGGUGGUGGCCGCAGUAGUGCUCGUGAGACGAUCGGCCGUGUCGCCGCUGGAGCCAUUGCUGAGAAGUACCUGCGUCUCUCCCACGGCGUUGAGAUCGUCGCCUUUGUCUCCUCCGUCGGCAACGAGCACCUCUUCCCCCCCACCCCUGAGCACCCCUCCCCCGCGACCAACCCCGAAUUCCUGAACCUCGUUGAGAGCAUCAGCCGCGAAACCGUCGACUCCUUCGUGCCGACCCGCUGCCCCAACCAAGACGCCGCAGCCCGCAUGACCAAAGUCAUCGAGCAAUUCCGCGACAACCAAGACAGCAUCGGCGGCACCGUAACGUGCGUGAUCCGCAACGUGCCUGUCGGACUCGGCGAGCCCUGCUUCGACAAGCUCGAAGCCAAGCUCGCGCACGCCAUGCUCAGCAUCCCCGCAACAAAGGGCUUCGAAAUCGGCUCGGGCUUCGGCGGCUGCGAAGUGCCCGGCUCCAUCCACAACGAUCCCUUCGUCGUCUCGGACAUUGAAACCCGCACCGGCACCGAAACGACCACCAAGCAGCGUCUGACCACCAAGACCAACAACUCCGGCGGUAUCCAGGGCGGCAUCUCCAACGGUGCCUCCAUUUACUUCCGCAUCGCCUUCAAGCCCCCGGCCACCAUCGGCCAGGCCCAAACGACUGCCUCCUACGGUCUCGAAGAGGGCACCCUCGAGGCUAAGGGCCGUCACGACCCCUGCGUCGUACCCCGUGCUGUUCCUAUCGUCGAAACUAUGUCCGCUCUCGUCAUCAUGGACGCUCUCAUGGCCCAGUAUGCUCGUGAGAGCGCGAAGAACUUGCUCCCUCCUCUACCUAAGACCAUCCCGACUCAUCCUACGGUUAAGCCUGGCUCCGCAUGAUGGGGUUAAGUGCUUGUGAGCUUUUCAGAUAAAAUGAACCUUGUUCAAGCUGAGAUGAAAUAAAAUGCAUGGUAUGGUUAUGUAGUUCAUGAAGUGAAGUUUAGUUUUUGUUUUCCUUUACAAUUCUUUUUUUUUUUUUUUUGUCCAUAA